UACGAGUCUAUCUGCAGGUCACGUCGGAAAAAUCACGGGUUUUAGAUCGCAAUUAAACUCGAAUGCUGAUGAUAACAAUAUUCGUAAAGAUCUACCUGCAUGCAUGCUUCAACAUUGGAACUUAAAAAGUUUUCAAAGAAUUGCACUUCAGCAUGCUGAUGAGAUUCUUGAGAUAAUCAUGUCUUUGAAAAAGAGAGAGCGUACUUUGUGCUAUUUCAAUCCCGAAUAUUUAAACAAAAAAGUCAUAGAAGCGAUUGUCGUAAUUCCGCCAAAAGUUGGUCCUAUUAUUGAAUAUUCCGAAGCGUAUCAUAAUCGUAAAGAACCAACUGUAUUGUCAAAAAAGGUUCAUGAAACGCGAGCUUCAUUCCAAAUGGAAAAGAAGCAACGUCAUGGAUCUGAUGAUCCCGUACAGCCAAGCACAGCAAAUGCUUCAACAUUGGAACGUGAAAAGUUUUCAAAAGCAAUAAAAAGAAUUUGA